GGCCCCGCGGCGGGCCCGGGCGCGGGGUGCGGGAAGUAUAAGAUAUUCCGGGGACACUGUAGGAAGAACCCAGUCCAGCAAGAAUAAAGCUGGCCAGACACACCAAAAAAUGGAUGUAUUUGAUUUUACUGGCACUUCUGAGAAAGAUGAAGAACCUUAUGAAACAUUUGAUCCCCCCUUGCACAGCACCGCCAUCUAUGCUGAUGAAGAGGUGUUCUCUGCCCCAUCCGGCCCUUCCUCUCCGGCAGGAAAAGAAGCAAAGAGAAGUUCCAACACUUCUGAAACCGAAGCAAGUGAAAAUGAGUCUCUGAAAGUGGGUGCAAAGAAAACGCCACGAAGAAAACACAAGCCAGUCAUUGAUAAAUCGGAAAGCAGCGAUGAGUUCGAUGGACGAAGCCAAGUUAAGCCCGUGGAGAAAACCAAUACACACCAUCAAACUCCUUCAGCGAGAGCCUCUUCCAGACUUGCAGGGGCACCCGCCCAGCCGGCCACCGCUGCAGAGGAGGGGGCCCUGAGCGGCGGGUCAGCUGUGGAGCGAGAGGCCCGAGAAGGGGGAAGCCCAGCGGAAGUUCGGAAAAAGAUGUCUCGCAGCAAAAAGAAGAAAUCAAAAAAUGAGGAUUCAGAUACUGCCGACUAUGCACACGCUUGGUGUCUGGAAGGACAGAGCAGGAGUGACAUCACGGAGUUGGGUGUCAUUUUGUCUGCCUUUGAGGACAUCUGUCUGAAAUAUAAAAAAAAUCUAGAAUCUAAAAUUUUUAAGGAAACCAUCAGUAAAUUCCAUUCACAUGUAAAAGAAGAGCUCAUCAAAAUGCUUAAAGAAGCUCAGAAGGGGAAAACUCUGAAAAGAAAGAAUGCUAAGAUUAUUUCAGAUAUCGAAAAGAAAAGACAGCGUUUGAUUGAAGUCCAGGAUGAACUGCUUCGUUUAGAACCACAGCUGAAACAACUACAAACAAAAUAUGAUGAACUUCAGGAGAGAAAAGCCGCCCUUAGUAAUGCAGUAUAUUUCUUAUCUAAUUUAAAACAUAUUCAUGAUUAUUCGGAUUUUCAAGAGAAAAGAAAUAACAUGAAGAAAACGUAUGACUCAUCCAGCCUUCCUGCUCUGCUAUUUAAGGCAAGAACUCUUUGGAGAGCUGAAACCCAUCUGCAGAGUAUCAACCGUCAACUAGAGACGCUCCUUGACCAGGGACAAGCUUCUAAAGAUUAGUCUCAUGCUACUGUUACAUUCUAAAAUGGUAUCUUUGUUCCUUGGGGAGAUAGAAAAUGGUUUAAAUUAAAUGCUAGGAGCAAGUUUAGCAUCUGUUUGACUGUGCAGUUGUUAUUGUGAUGACAGUUAACUCCAGAUGUUUAAGCUGAAGUGAUGACUACGCCAAAGUCAAUUUUCAAUAAAUAUGGUUUAAUAAAUUA